AUGGGCGCCGCAUUUAUGUUCAAUGGUUUGUUGAUGCCUAAAUACGGCUUGGUAUUCGUCUGGUACAUUGGACGUAGUGAGCUUGCUCUUAUCGGGAGCGCUCUGAUGUACAAUGUUGGUGAAAGAAAAUCAAAUGGCAAGGUCUUUGGCUACAAUAAACUCAUUGAAGCGGGUGCGGGAUGUUGUUUCGUCGCAGGCGUCGCCAUCGUGCAGUCCCUGGUGCCCAGUCAUGAAAAUGCCAUUGCAGUUGGUGCCGUGACAGUCUCCCAGGAUCAUGGCAUGGUGCUAUCUCUCGCCAUCCGCGGUAGCCUCUUCCACAACGUUGCUGUGGACAAAGUCGGCAACGCUCUUCCAGGUACCUCAGAAGCAGAAGUUGGCACCCUUAUUGCCUGGACCAGCAGCGCCGCAUACAGAGCUCUUUCUGAUCAUAAUAAGGCUUUGGCCAUUCCAGAGAUUCCGAAUGCCAUGAAGAGAAUCUGGGCGUCUUUCAUGGCAGCCGCUGCAUUUAGUUUCGUUUCUGCCUGUUCGUUAUGGAGAUCUGACCUUAGCAGAUGGCGGAGAAUGGCCAUGUCUAUGGCCUGA